GAAGCUUUCCAUAACUUUAGAAGCCUAACAGCUUUUGUAAUUACAGUGUUUUUUGUUUUUUUUGAAAGGUAUGCUUGUUUUCCCGCCUCUGACACUCCGUCUUGUUCAGAAGGUUGUUGCGCAGAUAAUUUAGCUGCUGGAUCCACCGUGGACCAACAUGGGUUAUCUCAAACAAAUUGAUAUUGAAAACUUCAAGUCGUGGCGUGGGAAGCAAGUCAUUGGACCUUUUAUGCGAUUUAAUUGUAUUAUAGGCACAAAUGGCUCCGGUAAGUCCAAUGUGAUGGACGCCCUGAGCUUCGCCAUAGGUGAGAGGGUCGCCUCUCUCCGGGUGAAGCACCUGCGGGACCUGAUCCACGGAGCCCACAUCGGUAAACCUGUGUCCGACACCGCGCGUGUGGCGCUGCGCUUCUUGAAUGACGACGAGAUAGAGACGAUUUUUUCUCGUACAAUAACAGGGGACUCUUCUGCAUAUCAUAUUAAUGCAUCUCAUGUUUCGCAUGCUAAAUACAUCGAGGAGCUUGAAAAGAUUGGCAUCGUGACCAAAGCUCAGAACUGUGUGGUGUUCCAGGGGGCGGUGGAGGCCAUAGCUUUGAAGGACCCAAAGGAGAGGACUAAGAUGUUGGAGUGCAUCUGUCAGUCCAAGCAGUACGCUGCAGAAUACAAGACGAAGAAAGAAGCUCUGAUGAAGGCCAAGGAGGACACACAGUUUCACUUCAACAAGAAAAAAUCGGCCACUGUGGAACGGAAACAGGUGUCCCUGGAAAAAGUCGAGGCCCAGAAAUACCAGGAGUUGGUGGAUGACCUGAACCAGAAGCGUCUGCAGCUGAGUCUUUUUGAGCUUUAUCACAACGAGAAGGGCAUCGACGCCAUCAGUGACACGCUGAGGGGGAGGAAGGAGAUUGCAGCGGAAAUGAACCGGGAGUUAGGUGCUGCGGAGCAGAGCGUCAAAGCCCACAAAAAAGAACAUGGACGCCUCACUAGAGAGGUGCAGCACAUGGACAAGGAGAUCCGCGGUCAGGAGCAAGUCCUGACUCAGUCCAGGUCGCAGUACAUCAAAGCCAAGGUGAACACGUCCCAUCAUGUGAAGAAGGCCGAAGAGAUCGGCGAUGCCGUGAAGAAGAAGAGACGGGCGAUGGCUGCCAAGCAGCAGCAGCUGGAGGAGGAUCAGCAGGAAGUGGUCGAGCUCCAGAGGGCCUGGAGGAGAUACGAGAAGCAGACCCAGGAAGGAGUGGCGAGGGGCAAAGACAUCAGUCUGGAUGUAGAUCAGCUGCAUCAGUACAAGGAGCUGAAGGAGCUGGCCCAGAAGCAGAGCGCUGUCCUCUGCCAGCAGGCCGACAAGCUGCACUGGGAAGUGAAAGCAGACAGUGAAAAGGUGGUUUUUGACCAGCGCAGAAAGAAGGAGAUAGAGGUUGCCAUCAGAAACAACCAAACUCACCUGGAAGAAUUCAUGAGUAGAGAAGAGAAACUAGAGGAGUACACCCAGAAAUGCAAGAAGUCGCUUGAAGAUCUUGAUGAGCGGCAGCAGAGCCUGACUGCAGAGCUUCAGCAUGUGACCCAGCGUGGUGAGGAGCUGAAGCAGGAGCUGGACCAGGUGAUGGAGGAGCUGAGGAGCGCUCGGCUGGACAGCCACGAGACCAGGAGGCAGCAGCAGCGCCGGGAGCUGCUGGAGAAACUCCGCAGACUCUACCCUCAGACGGUCUUUGGGCGCCUGUCCGACCUGUGCAGCCCGGUCCACAAGAAGUACCAGCUGGCCGUGACCAAGGUGUUCGGCAGAUACAUGAACUCUAUCGUGGUGUCGUCUGAGAAAGUCGCCCGUGAAUGCAUCGCCUUCCUCAAGGAGCAGCGGGCCGAGCCCGAGACCUUCCUGCCCAUUGACUACCUGCUUGUGAAUCCUCUGAACGAGCGCCUGAGGGAGAUUCCAGGUGUCAAGAUGGUGGUGGACGUGGUGCAGGUGAACACCGGCAGCGCUCAGCUGGGGAAAGUGGUGCAGUAUGUCUGCGGCAACGCCUUGGUGUGCGAGACCAUGAGAGAGGCCCGCAGCGUGGCCUUCGACAGACCCGACCGAGUCAGAACGGUCACCCUGGAUGGGACGCUAUUCAAAACGUCCGGUGUUAUCUCCGGAGGCUCCAGUGACCUGCGGACCAAAGCUCGCUGCUGGGAGGAGAAGGAUGUGCGGCGUCUGAAGGAACACAGGGACCAGCUGAUGAAUGAGAUGCGCGACUUGUCGAGACUGAAAAGGAAGGAGGCUAAUUUAAAUCAGAUCUUGGCUGAGUCUCAGGGAGCCCAGACCCGUAUGAAAUACACCCGGACGGAUCUGGAAAUCCUCCGGAACAAAACCAUCCCCAAAUGCCAAGCGGAGAUCUCCCGUCUAGAGAGCGAACUAUCAAACCUUGAGUGUCAGAUCGAGAUGCAGCAGGAGGAUCUCGAAGCGAAAGAUGCAGAGAUGAAGAGGAUCAGAGAACAGAUCGAUCAGAUCGAUGACACAGUGUUUGCAGACUUCUGUGCUAAGAUCGGCGUGGAAACCAUUAGAGAGUUUGAGCAGGAACACUUAAAACAGAAGGCGGAGCUCGACAAGAAACGGCUGGAGUUCGAAAGUCAGCAGGCCCGCUUGAACGCUCAGCUGGAAUAUGAAGCAGAGCAGCUGGCUCAGGAGAGGAAGAAACUCAGCAAAAUGGAAGACACCAUCAGGAAGGAGGAGCAAGCCACGGUGGAAAGCAGAGAGGUUGAGAACAAUCUCCUUGAGACGGUAGAGGAGGUUCAGAACAAGCUUCUGGAGAUGAAGAACGAGCUGCUCCUUAAAAAAAGCCAGGUGGCCUCAGUCAAAGCUGAGCUCAACCAGAAAACUCAAAAGCUUCAGGAGACAAACAAAGAGCUGACGAAGCUUCAGCGCGAGGUCAUGUCCGCGGAGACGGCUUUGGAGCAGAAGCGCAUGGCUCGACACAACAUGCUGCUCGCCUGCAAAAUCCAGGACCUGCAGAUCACCAUGCUGUCAGGCAGCCUCAACGAGAUCAGCGAGGUGCAGCUCAUGACGGAUUCAGAAAGUACCACAGCCACGAUGGACAUUUAUGAACGAGAAGCUCAGUUCGUUAUUGAUUAUUCUGAGCUGGAAGAGGAGCUCACGCGUCUGCGUGAUGAGGAGCAGCUGGAGGCUCACAUGGAGAAGCUGAAGGAGUCGGUCUCCUCUCUGGAGGAAGUGCUGCAACGCACCACUCCGCCUAACCUGAAAGCUCUGGAGAAAAUGAGGAAUGUGAAAGACAAGCUGCAGGGGGUGACUGAAGCCUUUGACGCCAGCACCAGAGCAGCCAGGAGGUGCAACCAGGAGUUUGAGCAGGUCAAAGCUCAGCGGUUCCAGCUCUUCAGUCAGUGCUUUGAGCACGUGAUGCUCGUCAUCGAUCACAUCUACAAACGGAUAUGCAGAAACAGGAGUGCCCAGGCCAUUCUGAGUGCUGAAAACCCAGAGGAGCCAUAUUUAGGUGGCAUCAACUACAACUGUGUGGCUCCAGGGAAGCGCUUCAUGUCCAUGGACAAUCUGUCUGGUGGAGAAAAGGCCAUCGCCGCUCUCGCUCUGCUGUUUGCAAUACACAGCUUCCGUCCAGCUCCUUUCUUCAUCUUGGAUGAGGUGGACGCAGCUCUGGACAACACCAACAUCAGCAAGGUGACGAGCUUCAUCAGAGAGGAGUCCAGAGAGAACAUGCAGAUCAUCGUCAUCUCCCUGAAGGAGGAGUUCUUCUCCAAAGCCGACGCCCUGCUGGGAGUCUACUCUGACUUGGAUGGAUGCAUGUUCAGCCGCAUUCUGACCCUGGACCUGCGUCCCUACCCUCUGGCUGAAGAGGAGAGCAGCAACGAAACAGACAGAGGAUCCGAGGCCUGCUGCCCCGAAAUUCCUUCAUGAACGAAAUCAUUAGUUUGCAGUUCAACUCUGUUUAGAAAAACUGGUUCUUAUAGUUUCAGUUUGUUAUUGCGAAAUAGUAACAGCUGUUUUCUGCUGCUAUUUUUGUUUUUUUCUAAAACGUGUUAGUUUGCUGUUCCUUGAGUGGUAAACUUAAAUUUCCCGGGUGCUUACUGUUGGAUCGACCCGAUAUAAGAACUUCUUGUGGGUCCAGUUCUGUCAUUUAUAGUCAGUAACAUGACAGGAAGUUCAGGAAAGAGUUCAGGUUUAAAUACAGUUUUAAAAAACAAAGUUUUUGUAUUGAAAAAAAAAACUUUCCAUGUUUGUAAUGUUUUGCAUUUAGAGUUAUGCUAUAAACAUAACUCCUGUUCAUUAAAAAUACAUUGAACAAAAUAUCUUG